AUGGGGAACCGCAGCGCGGCGGACGCGGGCGGGCUGCCGGUGGGGCGCGAGGCGGGCGCGGGGGCCCCGGGGCCGAGCGCGGCGGCGCUGGCGGGGGGCGCGCUGCUCAUCGGCGCGGUGCUCGCGGGGAACUCGCUCGUGUGCGCCAGCGUGGCGGCCGAGCGCGCCCUGCGGACGCCGACCAACUACUUCAUCGUGAGCCUGGCGGCCGCCGACCUCCUCCUCGCGCUGCUGGUGCUGCCGCUCUUCGUGUACUCGGAGGUGCAGGGCGGCGUGUGGCGCCUGAGCCCCGGUCUCUGCGACGCGCUGCUGGCCGUGGACGUCAUGCUGUGCACCGCCUCCAUCUUCAAUCUCUGCGCCAUCAGCGUGGACAGGUUCGUGGCCGUGACGGUGCCGCUGCGCUACCACGGCCGGAGCCGGGGCCGCCGCCAGCUGCUGCUCAUCGGCACCACGUGGCUGCUGGCGGCGGCGGUGGCGGCGCCCGUGCUCUGCGGCCUCAACGACGCGCCGGACCGCGACCCGGCCGUGUGCCGCCUGGAGGACCGCGACUACGUCGUCUACUCGUCCGUGUGCUCCUUCUUCCUGCCCUGCCCGCUCAUGCUGCUGCUCUACUGGGCCACGUUCCGGGGCCUGCGGCGCUGGCGGGAAGCGCGACGCGCCAAGCUGCAGGGGCGCGCCCCCCCCAGCGCCCACGGCCCCUCCCCUGGCCCCACCCCCAGCGCCCCCGGCGUCCCCGGCGCCCCCAGACCCGCUCCGGCCCCGGAUCCACCCCCGGACCCGCCCCCGACGCCCGCUCGCAGGAGGACGCGCGCCAAGAUCCCCGGCCGAGAGCGCAAGGCCAUGAGGGUCCUGCCCGUGGUGGUCGGCGCCUUCCUGCUCUGCUGGACGCCCUUCUUCGUGGUGCACGUCACCCGCGCGCUCUGUCCCGCCUGCGCUGUGCCCGCGCGCCUGGUCCGCGCCGUCACCUGGCUCGGCUACGUCAACAGCGCGCUCAACCCCGCCGUCUACACGGUCUUCAACGCCGAGUUCCGCGCUGUCUUCCGCAAGGCCCUGCGGCCCCGCUGCUGGGCAGAGCCCCCGGCCUCCCCAGGACUCGCCCGGGCGCCAGCGGAAGGGGCCGUCUUGUAGGGCCCAUUAGACAAACUCCUUUCUAAAUCCCCGGCUGUGCAGGCUCCGGGGGGCGGGGCGGGUCGUGGGCGCUGCGCUGCCCCCCAGGACCCGAAGGGGGUUCAGCUCAGCCCCGGUAGCUCGGCCACCCUAGCCUGGGCUCCUGCUGCCCGCGAGCCUGCAGGCUUGUCCUUGUUGGGGGGGGAGGUCCGCCCAGGGGCCCCAAUGCCAGAGACAACCCCAGGGGGGCGGUCUGGCAGCAGCUCCUGCCCCCCGGGGCAGCUCCAGCUCCCAGGGGUCCCCCUGGGCCCGUCCCUGCCACAUCGGGCUGAGGCUCCCCACCCGGCCAAGCUGGUGAAGAGAAGAUGGGAAUGUCCAAAACCCGGGCGGGAGGAGCCAGUUCUGGGACAAUCUG